UGUCGUUUUCCUACCCUUUCAUGGCGACGGGGCUGUCCUUCGUCUACCGACCGGAGGUUGUUGACAAGGUUAACUGGUGGAAAAUGUUCGAACCGUUCGAACGACCGCUCUGGAUGCUCAUCGUCGGGACAACGGUGGUAAUGUUCACGCUUCUCUGGCUCUUCGAUGGCGCAAAGAACGAGCUUUUCAUGGACAAGGUGCCCACGGCGACGGGCAGCAAACGGCGGCUCUCAUCGGGCAUGGCGAUGUCGUCGUACGUGACGGGGGCCCUGCUUAUGGGACAGAUGGCCCACGAGCCCUACACCGUCGAGAGCUAUAUCCUGACAUCAGGGUGGAUGUUCGCGUGCUUUAUCCUCGGGGCGUCCUUCACCGCCGAGCUGGCGUCAUUCCUUUCUGCAGAAAAGGAGGAGGCCCUGUCUUUCGGGGUGGACGAUUUAAAGAAUGGAGCAGUGCCACAUACUCAGGUGGCGGUGCGGCAAGAUGACACCCUGCAAGCGUUCUACGAGGAGGAGAUCAUGGGUUGCUAUGGGGCAGCGGAAUGCUACGGAGGCGAAGACGAAAACUUUCCGGUCACGUGCUACACGAUCGAGGAAUGCUUUGAGUUGGUGGACAACGAGACCGUUAAGGUGACACUCGUGGACUCCGUCACGGCUGCGUACCGAGUGGCCGACGAGUACUGCGGCCUGGACAUCCUGUCCGACACGUUCAACAAAGCGCACUUUGGACUGGUUCUGGAGGAGGACUCGCCCUACCUCGGCGAGUUUGAAUUGGCCUUGCUAGAGCUGGAAGAGGCGGGGACGCUGGCAGAAAUUGCCGAGCCGUACUUCGACACGUCCCGGUGCGCCUACCUAGAGGACUACGAGGACGCGAGCUCGACGUCCCAGAACCUUACACUGGUGGACCUUGCAGGCGUUUUUCUGGUCCUCACGAUGUUCGUCGCGGCGUCCCUGGUGGUGUGGGUGUUCCGGAAGUCGUUCCGGGCCAAGAAGAAGUGGUCGGCGUACCGCGUUGAGCAGAAUGAGCGGCGACAGUCGCUCAACAACGCGAAGACGUCGGGGGAAGAGGUGGAUUAUCAAGACCCCGACCAAGACCUCGACGCGCGGACCAACAGCUGGCCGUUGCUCUCCGCCAAGACGUCUCCCUCUUCGAUCUCGUCCGCAAUGAUGAUGGCGGCGAUGGCGCCGUCUUCCAAACAGCUUCGGCAUCGACCACCCGCAGCUACCUCUGGGCACCACCAGCACCGGCGGCGACAGCGGCGAGGGCAAGGAGCGCCGUCGCCCUCGUCGUCCUCUGUCGAGACUUUGGCGGCUCCGUGGCAACUGCACCAGCAGCGGCAGGCCACCAUCUCGGAGGGGUUCGAGUCGCAAGUGUCAGAGGAGGAGGGGGGAGGCGAGGAAGAGGAGGACCCUCACGUUCCUCUCAAGCCCCAAGUGCCCACCCGGAAGUGGCGGAGGGCUUCUUCUGGUUCUUCUCCUGCCGUUGCCGACGCUGCCACGGCGGCUGGUGGCGGUGGUGACGGGAGUGCUGUUAGGUUUGAUGAUGCUGCUGCUCCAAUCGCUGAUGACAAGUCGCUGUUCCGCGUACGGUCGGACAUGGGAAAGAACGCGCGCGUCUACUUCACUAACCGUUGAGAGGUCGCGCCGCACAGAGC